AUGGAUACUGUUGGAAUAUUGGUAUUCUACAACGGAAGCUGGGUUCACAAGGAUAACAUUGAGAGUUAUGAAGGUGGUGAGGCUAAAGGCAUAAUAGUAUCACGGAACGUAACAUUUUCUGAGCUUGUUGACCGCAUUUAUAAGAUCACGAAUGCAGAUCGCUACAAAUACAUUGUCACACUGAAGUAUUCUGUUCCUCUAUCAUCAUCUGCCUAUAAGCACCUAAAGGUUGAAGACAAUGAUGACAUUCAAUAUUUUCUGAAGUACAACAUGGAUGUUAUGACCUCUAAAGUAACCCCUUUAUUAGCAACCCUCAAAAUUAUAGGAGGACAUGGUAUUCAAGGUUGUAAUGGCAUUGUAAGCAUUGGGAGUAGCAAUCCUCCCCCUGCAGUUGUUGUGAGACAUAGGAAUGAGGUUGAAGAUGUUAAUUUUGAAUGUGUCGAAAACAUAGUCGCAGAUUUUUAUGUGCGUAGCAACGAAGAGGAAGUGUACUCUACUCUAAACGUGCAUCCUCAUCGAGAAAGCAAUUUCCAAGCCUCCACGGUGCAAGUUACACAAGUGCAAUCUAAAACUCUACAACAAUCAAGUUGGACUCAAAUGCAUACAAGCCAGGUUCAUUUGGUGCAUGGUAAGAGUGUGGAAGAUAUUGAUUAUGGUAGAGGUCUUUCUUGCAUAAAUUGGGAAGCAAAUUUUAAGGUUGGACGAGUUUUUCCAAAUAAGCUUGCCCUUAUAAAAACCUUAUGUUUAGCAGCAGUCAUAGGCCAUUUCGAUUUAGAAUAG